AUGCGAGGGGGGCGGGGGAGCGAAGCGCGGCCGCGGAUUGGUCGAGCCGCGGGGCCGUGACCGGCACGGUGACGUCACGGCCGAGCGGCCUAUGUAAGGGGCGGGCGCGGAGCCGGCGCAGCCGGAGAGAAAUGGAGGGGAGCUACGAGGCGGCCGCGGAAGCAGCCGAUUGGCUGCGGGGGCGCCUGGGGGGCGUGGCCCCCCGCGUGGGGCUGAUCUGUGGGUCCGGCCUGGGGGGGCUGGUGGGGGCGCUGGAGGGGGCCCAGAGCGCCCCCUACGGGGACGUCCCGCACUUCAAACCCGCCUCCGUGCCCGGCCACGCGGGACGGGUGGUCUGGGGGCUCCUGGGCGGGGUUCCCGUUAUCGUCCUGCAGGGGCGGAGUCACCUCUACGAGGGACACGGCCCCGCCCAGGUGGCGCUGCCGGUGCGGGCGCUGGCGCUGCUGGGCGUGCACACGCUGGUGCUGACCAACGCGGCCGGCAGCCUCCGGCGCCCCCUGCGGCCGGGGCAGCUGCUGCUGCUCCGCGACCACAUCGACCUGCCCGGCCUGGCGGGAAACGGGGUGCUGCUGGGGCCCAACGACGACAGGUUCGGGCCUCGUUUCCCCGUCAUGGCCGCCGCCUACGACCCCGCCCUGCGGCGUGCGGCCUUGGCCUUGGCCCCGCCCGCCCUGCGGCCCCGCCCGGGCGUGUACGUGGGCGUGUCCGGCCCCGCCUACGAGACGCCGGCUGAGUGCCGCCUGCUGCGCCGCUUGGGCGCCGACGCCGUGGGGAUGUCGACGGUGGGGGAGGCGACAGCCGCGCGGCACCUGGGGCUGCGGGUGCUGGGCCUGUCGCUCAUAACCAACAUGGCCGCCGGGGGCGGGGCCAGCGACGAUGAGGAGGAGGAGGAAGCGGAUAGGGCGGGGCCAGAAGUGGCCACGCCCAGCGAGCACGCGGCCGUGCUGGAGGCGGCCGAGGGCGCUGCCGUCCUGAUCCGCGACCUGCUGGUGGCGCUGGCGCCGCUGCUGGCCAAUCGUGACGCGCCGCCCAAGGGGGCGGGGCCGUGACCCCGCCUUAAGCUCGGUUUAGCAGUGGGGAGGGCUCGGGUUGAUCUGGGAUUGGUUGGGGGUUUGUUGGGGCUCCGGGGGAGUCUUGUCUUAAUCUGGGUUGAUCUUGGCGUCGUUUGAGCUUAAUCCUGGCUUAAUUGGGGUUUAAUCCCAGGUUCAUCUUGGUUUAGUUUAAUCUGGAUUAACUUUGGGUUUGACUGUGAUGCUGGGUUGAUACUCAAUUAGUCCUGGUUUAAUUGAGGUUUAAUCCCAGGUUAAUCUUGGCUUAGUUUAAUGUGGAUUAACCCUGGGUUAGUUUGGCUGUAGUCCUGGGUUAAUACUCAAUUAGUCCUAGUUUAACCCCAGGUUAAUCUUGGUUGAGUCCCGCCUUAAACUCACGUUAAAACCAGUUUAGGCCUGGGUUAAUCCACAACAAAUUAAUCGUUGUUUAGUUUAACGUGGGUUAAUCUUGGGUUAGUCUGAGCUUAAUCCUGGGUUAAUACUCAGUUGGUCCUGGUUUAAUCCCAGGUCAAUCCUGGUUUAGUCCCACCUUGAAGUCAGGUUAAAACUGAUUUAUUCCUGGGUUAAUCCGGAGUGAAUCCUGAGUUAAUCUUGGCUUAGUUUAAUGUGGCUUAAUCUUGGGUUAGUUUGACAUUAAUCCUGGGUUAAUAUUCAGUUAGUCCUGGUUUAAGAUGGGGUAGUUCCACAUUAAUCCUCAAUUAAUCCCAGGUUAAUCUUGGGUUACUUCUCCUCCUAAUCUUGGGUUAAUCCUGAAUUAGAUCCUGAGUUAAUCUUGUCUUAGUCCCAGGUUGAUCUUGGGUUCAUUUAACCUUAAUUAGUCUUCAUUUAAUGGUGGUUCUUCCCGCUUUAAUCCCAGGUUAAUCUUGCUUUAGUCCUGGGCUAAUCUGGGGUUGGUUCUGCCUUAAUUUGGGACUAAUAGUGAGUUAUUCUGGCCUUAAUCCUGAGUUAAUCUUGUCUUAGUUCCAGGUUAAUCUUGGGUUAGUUCCACAUUAAUUCUGAAUUAGCCCUGUUUUAAUCUUGAUUUAAUUUGGGGUUAAUCCUGAAUUAGACCCUGACUUAAUCUCGGGUUAAUUUUGGUUUAGUCCCAGGUUAAUUGUGGGUUAAUUAAUCCCGAUUUGAUCUCGAGUUCAUCUUGGGUUAGUUCUACCUUAAUCAUGUCUUAACACUGAAUUAAUCCUGGGUUAAUCUCGGGUUCGGCCAGUUGUUUAAUCCCGGUUUAAACCCAGUUUACCUGCUUGUCCCCCUUUGUCCCUUUGAUGUUAAUCCCGGUUCAUCCCGCAUUUAAUCCAGGGGUUAAUCCUUACCUAAUCCUGAUUUAGUCGCUUCAUCAUCUCAAUCAAGAGACCUUUUAAACCCGGUUUAAACCCGUGUUACUCGCAUGUUAAACCUGGUUCAAACACGCGUUAAACCCGGUUUAAUCCUGAGUUAUUCCCGGUUUAAAACCUGAGUUUCUCCCUUAUUAAACCCAGUUUAAUUUGCCCUUAAUCUGCCUUCAAUCCCAGUUUAAUUCCGGUUUAACCCCCGUGUCAAUCCCGGUUUAAACCCCCACUUCCUCUCCUAUUAAACCCAGUUUAAUUCUCCCUUAAUCCCAGUUUAAUCCCGGUUUAAACCCCCACUUCCUCCCCUAUUAAACCCAGUUUAAUUCUCCCUUAAUCCCAGUUUAAUCCCGGUUUAAACCCCCAGUUCCUCCCAUAUUCAAUUUAGGCUUAAUUCAUGUUUAAUCCCAGCUUAAUCCCGGCUUUUCCCACCUGUCAAUCACCCCAUUGGCCCCACCCCCUCCUUUCAAUCCCCUCCCCCCCCCUUAACUAAUUUCCCCUCUGGGACCAAUUAAUUAAUUCACCCCCCCCCGCUAAUUAAUUAAUCAAUCAAUUCAGGGACCAAAUGGGUUAAUUAAGCACUGCUUAGUGAUGAUUGUUAAUGAGGGGGAGUGGCCCCUCCCCCCCAGCUGUGAUGAGGCAAUUAAAGCGUUAAUUACUCUUAA